GUCCACCGGGAAGUAGGACUCGAUACUUCAUAAGCUGUCACUGGCCCUUAUAAGCCCAACAAGGAGACUGAGAAGAAAGAUCUGUUACUUUAUAUAUGUAACAUGGAUGGUUCGGUAGAAGAUGCAAUAUUAGCAAGUUUGGCAGAGUUAGCUAGUGAAGGAAGCAGAGGCUGCUGCAUCAGAGGUUGCAGGAACUCCACGUACAGGACUGAUGCUGUGUACUUCACCCUGCCAGAGGAUCCUCAUAGGUGUGCUGUUUGGCUGAAAAUCUUGAGCAAAUUUGUAUCUGAAACUGAUGAGAAAUCUAAGAUAUGGAUAUGCUCAGAUCACUUUUGUUCAAGAGAUAUCUCUCUUAUCAAUUCUCAGCCAGAACUCACACCUUCAGCAAUUCCAAACAUCCAAGUAUAUGCAAAAUCUGGUUUUGAAAGUAAGGACAGUAGAUUGAGCUGGGGAGAUGACCAGUUAAGUUUCACAUCACAAGCAGCAUCAUUGCCCAAGAUGAACGUGGAAACUCAGAAUGCACCAAAACCACUUGAGGAUUGUGUUCAACUGCUGCCGGAAUCUAGUAAAGAUCAUUUUAGCUCAGAUGUUAAGAGAGAAAACAUGAUAACAAUUAAGGAGGAGCCACUGCCUGAGGUAAAAGCCACUUACAACACCUUUGGGGAUUCACAGGUAACGUGCGAGACAAAAGAAGUUGUAUUCAAGAGAAAACGGGGUCGUCCAAGAAAAGGAGCUUCUGUUCCUCAAACAAUGAAGCCUCAGACAAUCACAAUAAAUGAUUCCCAGAAAUCGAGUUCUGGCCCUCAUGUUGGAAAAUCAACCUGUAAUACAAUCACAAAAUCACUGGCAUAUGACAGCACUGAGGACCCAGGAGAUGCAGAGACUGACACUGAAAGUAAAUCAAAGAGGAAAAGAAGAUCAAAAGUUUUAAAUGAUUAUGUAUCAGAUUUUAACACUUCUGAUGAGGAGGAUGUAAAUUUAAUAAAUGAUUUUUCUAAGUUUACACACCAAGGUAGAGGCAGGGGUAGAGGCAGAAAAAGUGAACCCUCAGAGACAUAUGAUGACCUUUUUAGUAACUAUGUUGGAGUUUUUGGAAAGAAAUUUUCAUUACCGGUGAAUGAAGAUUUUCUAGAUGAUGAUAUACUUGAAGAAGUGAAUGACAUUGAAGGAAGCAUUUACUCAUCUUCCAUAUUUAAUAAAUCCAGUUCAAUCAAUGAAUCCAAGCCAAUACAUGAGUUUGAAGAUAAGGUAGAGGUGAUGCUUGGUCCAGGUGGUAGGACCAAAAUACAAAUUGUGUAUACGGGUAAGAACUCAAUAGUGAAUGAUGAAGAAAGCCUCAUCUAUCAUGUGAUCACAACCACAGGCAAGACUACAAGUGUUACACCUCUCACAAUCCCUAAGCUAACUAAUGAUGCAGAGUGUGAGAGUGACAACAUCAACUAUCCAUCUACAUCACAAGCAAAGUGUGAGGCAAGUGAUGAAGGCAAAGCUGACACUGAUUUAGAGGUGGAUGGCAGCAAGCCCAGACUAUCAUCACGAGGAAGAAGGAUCAAAAGCAAGCACAUGAUGAGGACUUACAACCAGCAAGUGGCAUCCCUGCAACAGAAGUAUUAUCGUGCACUACAGGAAAUAAGAAAAAGACCAAGAGUAUAUACUCUGGCAGAUCUUGUGUAUGGUGCCUCAAGAUUUCUGACAGAAGAUCAGCUGAUAUUCUUCACACUACAGCUCAAGUCCAGCUGUAAUAACACACAAGGCAUCAGACUCAGUGUUCGUGAAAAAAUACUGGCAUUGGCCUUCUACCUACAAAGCCCAGCAUUAUACAAAUGGUUGAGGGCAAUUUUUCACUUGCCCUCAAAGUUGAUCUUAGAACGAUGGCUGGAAGGCAUUGCCAAGAGAGAUCCAGAGGCAGUAAAAAAAAUUAUGUAUCACAUUUAUACUCAAUAUGUCUUCAGGUCUUAGUAUUAUUAUAAUGUGAGGCUAAUAAUUUAUAAAAGAAUAUGUACAGAAGUUGUACAAAACUAU